AGAGCAAAGGAGGGAACAGGAAGAGGGCUUGUUGCUGAAAUGCCUGUCACUCCCAUCUGCCCCAGUUCUUCUCCGUCCCUCCCAGCUGGCUGGUGGGACCCGGCACUCAGCUGCUGGAUCUCAGCAGGGUGUUCUGCUCCAGCUUCCAGCCCAUGGACGUGUGAACAUGGGGCUGCCAGGUGCACUCUAUCCUUCACCCAGGUUCCCCUGGGGCAGAAACCGACCCACCUGCACUGGAGCCAGGAGUGUGGGGGUCCUCCUCCUGAUGGUGUGCCUUUGGGGUGCAGUGUACCCACACUCGGUGGAACUCCGCCUGGUCAGUGACCAUGGCCGCUGUGCUGGGAGAGUGGAGGUGCUCCACAAUGGGAUAUGGGGGACGGUGUGUGGUGACAACUGGGAUGCCCAUGAUGGCCAGGUUGUGUGCCGGCAGCUAAGCUGUGGAACGGUGCUGUCAGUCUCACGAGGGGCUCGGCAUGGAGAAGGAGCAGGACCGAUCUGGUUGGAUGAGGUCAAUUGCACAGGCACAGAAGCUGCCCUUUCUGAAUGCCAGGCCAGGCCGUGGGGACAGCAUGAUUGUGUCCACAUGGAGGAUGCCAGUGUGGAGUGCUCAGAAUCCCACAUCUCCAAGAUUGGUCGGCUCCAGCUGCUCGAUGGCCCCAGCCGUUGUGCAGGAAGAGUGGAGGUGCUCCAUGACCAAAGAUGGGGCACCAUCUGCGAUGAUGGCUGGGACCUCGCUGAUGCUAAUGUGGUGUGCCGGCAACUGGGCUGUGGAACAGCAGUGCUGGCCACUAAAGCAGCUCACUAUGGGAGAGGCCAAGAUACCAUCUGGUUGGAUGAGGUGAACUGCACUGGUAUGGAGGAAUCCAUCUUUGACUGCAAGGCAAGUGCAUGGGGAGUCAACAACUGCUACCAUGGAGAGGAUGCUGGAGUGCUAUGUUCAGAUUCAGGAGUUCCUAUUUCAGUGGAGCUCCGCCUGGUCAACGGUUCAACUCACUGCAAUGGCAGGGUCGAAGUCUUUCACAAUGACACUUGGGCAGCUUUGUGUGACCACGGCUGGGGGAUGGCUGAGGCUCAAGUGGUGUGUAGGCAGCUGGGCUGUGGUGAAGCACUGUUGGCUCCUGUUGGAUCUCAUUUUGGGCAAGGAUCUGGACAGCUGUGGCCAGGCAACAUAAACUGCACAGGCUCAGAAAGUGCCCUCUUUACAUGCAAGACAAAACAAUGGAGCAAUAGCACAUGUCAUCCUUGGACAUCAGCUGGUGUAGUGUGUGCAGAGGGUGACCAGGUCCGGCUGGUGAAUUACAGGAGCCGCUGUGCUGGCAGGGUCGAGAUCUUACACAACAAGCGUUGGGGAACUGUGUGUGACAAGAACUGGGAUUUGCUGGAUGCCAAUGUAGUGUGCAGGCAGCUGGGCUGUGGGAGAGCACUGUCAGCCACUGGACAGGCUCAGUUUGGCCAAGGGUCAGGAAUUGUGUGGCUGGAUGGGAUGAAUUGCACAGGGUUUGAGCACUCACUGUCUUCCUGCUUGGCCAAGCCAUGGGGAAUUACUACUUGUGACCACUGGGCAGAUGCUGGCGUGGUGUGCUCAGACUCGAUCAUCCCAGAGCCUGCUCAUCUCCGACUGGUGAACGGCUCACACCGCUGUGCUGGCCGAGUUGAGGUGUUUCACAAGGAGAUGUGGGGAGCUGUGUGCGACCAUGGCUGGGAUAAAAUGGAUGCGGAGGUUGUGUGCCGGCAGCUGGGCUGUGGGACAGCACUGUCGGCCUCAGGUGAAGCACACUUGGAUGCUGCAUCUCUUCGUGUGUGGUUGGACAAUGUGAGCUGCGAGGGAACAGAACUCUCUCUUACAAAAUGCAGAGCGAGCCCAUGGGGAAAGAGCAGCUGCAGCCAUGGAAAGCAUGCUAGUGUUGUGUGCUCAGGCUCGGUUGUUUCCAGUUUUGCCCCAAUUCGACUGGUGGACGGCCCAGGUCUCUGUGCUGGGAGACUGGAAGUGUUUCACAAUGAGCAAUGGGGAACGGUGUGUGAUGACAGCUGGGAGUUCACAGAUGCUGCAGUGGUGUGCCGACAGCUGGACUGUGGGGUGGUGAUAUCAGCUCCACCGAGGGCUUACUUUGGGCAAGGACAGGGACCCAUGUGGCUGGAUGAUGUCAACUGCACGGGGACAGAAGCUGCCCUCUCUGAAUGCAAGUUCAAGGGAUGGGGUAUCCACAACUGUUAUCAUCAUGAAGUUGCCAGUGUGGUGUGCUCAGGAUCAGGCAUUUCUGACCUAGCAGACCUCCGCCUUGUGAAUGGCUCUGAUAAAUGCUCUGGAAGGCUUGAAGUUUUUCAUGACCAGCGCUGGGGAACUGUCUGUGCUGACGACUGGGACCUGGCCGAAGCUUAUGUGGUUUGCAGGCAGCUGGGCUGUGGGACACCACGCUCUGCCUCAAACUCUUCCCAGUUUGGGGAAGGACCUCAUCUGACCUGGGUUGAUGCUGUGGAGUGCACAGGGAUGGAGCGAGCCCUCUUUGAAUGCAAAGUCAAGCUCUGGGGAGCCCAGAACUGCAAGUCCAAGGGAUAUGCGAGUGUCGUGUGCUCUGAGGCUGUAGACAUAGACCUACGGAGCCCAGAAGCCAUACGGCUGGUGAAUGGCCCACACCGCUGCUCUGGACAGGUGGAGGUGUUUCACAAUCAGCAGUGGGGGACGGUGUGCAAUGAUGACUGGGAUCUGAAUGAUGCCAAUGUGGUGUGCCGGCAGCUGGACUGUGGAACGGCAGUGUCUCUGAGGAGACCUUCAUCUGGGCAAGAUUCUAGACCCAUCUGGCUAGAAGGGGUGAGAUGUCUUGGGACAGAAGCUACCCUCACUGAAUGCCCAGUCAAGCCUAGAGGGCUCUAUAGUUGCAGCCAUUUGGAAGAUGCUGGUGUUGUGUGCUCAGGCCCGAGGAUUUCCAAUAUUUCCACACUUCGGCUGGUGGAUGGUUUGAGUGAGUGUGCUGGGAGGGUAGAGGUGUUUUACAACAAUGAGUGGGGGACAGUCUGCGAUGACAACUGGGACAUGAGUGAUGCGGCGGUGGUGUGCCGGCAGCUGGGAUGCGGGACUGCGCUGUCAGCCCCGGGAUCGGCUCGGUUUGGGUGGGGAUACAGCCGCAUCUGGCUGGAUGAAGUAAGCUGCACAGGGGAGGAAAAUGAUAUCUCACAGUGUGCAGCUAAGACUUGGGGUGUCCACAACUGCCAUCAUGGAGAAGAUGCUGGUGUGGUGUGCUCAGGAAACUUGAGCUCAGCUGAUGUACGGCUGGUGAAUGGUCCCAGCCGCUGUGCCGGGAGAGUGGAGGUCCUGCACAACGGGCAGUGGGGGACGGUGUGCGAUGAUGGCUGGGACCUGAAUGAUGCCAAGGUGGUGUGCAGGCAGCUGGGCUGUGGAACAGUGCUGUCGGCCCCAGUCAGGGCUUACUUUGGGCAAGGCACUGGGGACAUCUGGCUGGAUGAUGUGAGCUGCACUGGGAUCGAGGAUGCACUCCCGCAUUGCCAAGCCCGUCCAUGGGGACAGCAUAACUGCAACCAUAGAGAAGAUGCUGGUGUGGUCUGCUUAGUGACAGACACCUCAAAACCCAACUUCCUGCGGCUAGUGAGUGGCCCCAACCGCUGUGCUGGCAGAGUGGAGGUGCUGCAUGAUGGGCAGUGGGGCACAGUGUGCGAUGAUGGCUGGAACCUCCAGGCUGCCACUGUGGUGUGUCGGCAGCUGAACUGCGGCAGGGCUGAGUCAGCCCCCAGCGGUGCUCGCUUUGGGCAAGGCACUGGGCGUAUCUGGCUGGAUGACGUGAACUGUGCUGGGACUGAGGAUGCCCUUCACCAGUGUCGAGCCCGUCCAUGGGGACUGCAUAACUGCAACCACAGAGAAGAUGCUGGCGUGGUUUGCUCAGACUCACAAUUAGAGAUUACAGCCAAAGUGCGGCUGGUGGAUGGUCCACACCGCUGUGCCGGGAGGUUGGAGGUGUUUCAGAACGAGAGAUGGGGGACCGUGUGUGGCAACGGCUGGGACAUGAAUGACGCCAUAGUGGUGUGCCGGCAGCUGGGCUGUGGCAUUGCUCUCUCGGCUCCUGUCCAGGCUCACUUCGGCCAAGGGUCAGAUCCCAUCUGGAUGAACAGAGUGUCCUGCAUCGGGACAGAAAGUUCCAUUUCAGAAUGCUUGUCGUCUCCAUGGGGAAUCCAACUGUGCACCCACAUGGAUGAUGCCGGUGUGGAAUGCUCAGCGUUGUCAGAUGACACAUCAACUCUUCGCCUGGUGAAUGGCCCACAUCGCUGUUCUGGUAGAGUCGAGGUGUUUCACAAUCAGCAAUGGGGAACUGUCUGCGAUGAUGGCUGGGACAUGAAUGAUGCCAUGGUGGUGUGCAACCAGUUGGGCUGUGGGGAAGCACUGUCAGCCACAACACAAGCUUCAUUUGGUCGAGGGGCGGAUCCCAUCUGGCUGGACAGAGUUGCUUGCACUGGGAGAGAAAACACUCUCAUACAGUGCAGGGCCAGACCCUGGGGAGUCAACGUCUGCACACAUGAAGAAGAUGCUGGUGUUGUGUGCUCAGACAAAAAUAUCACAGUGGAGGCAGCAGAGAUCCGUCUAGUGAAUGGCCCCAGCCGCUGUGCUGGCAGAGUGGAGGUGCUGCAUAAUGGACAAUGGGGCACGGUGUGUGAUGAUGGCUGGAACCUCCAGGCUGCCACUGUGGUGUGUCGACAGCUGAACUGUGGCAGGGCUGAGUCAGCCCCCAGCCGUGCUCGCUUUGGGCAAGGCACCGGGCGUAUCUGGCUGGAUGACGUGUACUGUGCUGGGACUGAGGAUGCCCUUCACCAGUGCCGAGCCCAUCCAUGGGGACUGCAUAACUGCAACCACAGAGAAGAUGCUGGUGUGGUUUGCUCAGAAAACCACACAUUUCCCGCUGCAGAAGACUCCAACACCACAGAAGAAAUGCAGAUCCGGUUGGUGAAUGGCCCGAAUCACUGUGCUGGCAGAAUUGAGGUGUUUCACAACGGGCAGUGGGGAACAGUGUGUGAUGACAGCUGGAAUUUAAGGAGUGCUAAGGUGGUGUGCCGGCAGCUGGGCUGCGGCACAGCGGUAUCAGCUCCGGGCAAGGCUCACUUCGGACGAGGGUCUGAUCCCAUCUGGUUGGAUGAUGUGGAGUGCAGUGGCACUGAAGCCAGCCUCUCCCAGUGCAGACUGAAUAACUGGGGAAACCAUAACUGCAACCACGAGGAAGAUGCGGCAGUGGUGUGCUCAGGCACCAACCCCUUGCAGGUGCGGCUGCGGGACAGCUCAAGCCCCUGUGCAGGGCGUGUGGAGGUUCGGUACAACGCCACCUGGUACAGCAUCUGUGACAAAAGCUGGAGCUCACUGGAGGCAGAGGUGGUCUGCAAGCAGUUGGGCUGUGGACCAGCACAGGCUGAAAGUGCAGGAACCCGGAUCAGCCAGAAUCACAACUACAUCUUUCUGGAGGGGCUGCAAUGCCGUGGUGCUGAGUCACUCUUCCUGGAGUGCCAGCAGAACAAGAUCGGCCCAGGGCUGUGCCAGCACGGUGUGGCAGCCAGUGUGGUGUGCACAGAGCCAAGAGGUUCUCCAUCAUCCUGCUCUGCGCUGAUAACGCUGCUCACCCUGAUGGUGAUGGUGAGUGGGGUCCUGCUGUGGCUCUACUUGAAGAGCAGGUGCACUGGAGCAGCCCAAGCUGCAGACCUGAGAUGUCCCAGGGAGCAAGGUGCCUCUGCAAUGCCCUUCCAGACUGCAGGAGCCAUCUACCAUCCAACUGAAGGACAAUUCCACAAGGAUGCUGAUACAGAGACAACUGAGCUCAUAAGAGAAGAUGCUCUCUUGUGAAGCUGGCACAAUCCCUUCUGCAGAAGCAGCACUGUCAGCCCAUGCUGUGGAGUCAUCAGCCAAGCUCAUUCCCCUUUUCCCCCUGCAUCUCAUUCUUCAGAGCAAAUGCUUUUUCCCUUAAGCUCCUGCAGAACUGCAGGAAGCCCUCACUUGCUUUUGAGGAGACUGCAAAGCACCAGCUGAUGGGCUGGACAUUUAUAAAACAGUCUGUACCAAUGACUUAUACUCAGGAGCCCCAAAACAGCUGUCCAAAGUCUUCUGAAGGUUAUUUGAUCUAGGUCAACUUCAGAGGUUUUCUGAUGGCACGCACCAGACAGUAGGACAGGCUGGUGGCCAUGCAGCCUGACAUCAGGCUGAGCACAGAACAGGACUAAAACUGCUAACAAAUUAAAGGAGAAGAGUGUCCUCAACCCUUCCAGCUGUGAUGAGUAUGAAUGCUGAGAGAUGUAGUGCUCUGUGCUCCUCUGCAGGGGAGCCAACCAGGGCUGCCUGCUGCCUCUGGCACUGGGUGGCUUCCCUCAACCUAGCAAACAUAAGCAAGCCCCCAUUGCUUGGCUAUCGCAGGCACAAGAUUGUAUUCUUGGCUGAGCUAACAGUAUUGCCAGCAGGUCAAGAAGAAAUCCCUCCCCUCUAUUUAGCACUGGUGGGGCUGCACCUGGAGUGAUGGAUCCAAUUCUGGCUCCACCAAUACAAGAAAGACAUGGACACACUGUAAAGAGUCUAAUGGCGUUCAAAAAGGAAUAUGUAUGAACAAAUCCAGGUGUGUAUCUGCAAAGGUGCUUUCACAGACACAGAGUGCCCAGUGUGAAAAAAUUCAGCUCCAGAAGACAUUUGGGAAGACCAAGGAUAACGUCUCAAAUACAACAGAUAAGUGCUUCCAAGCAAUAGUCUAUUGAUUGUGAAUUGUUUAGAGCACUGUCUCAGGUGUUUCAGAUAGACAGCACAAACACUGAAGGCAGACAGAGCCUUCUGUGAAAUCCUCAGUGAUUUCUACACCUCAUGGGAUGUCAAAUGGGGAUGAGUUACCAAAGGUGACUGGGUAGAGAGGGAGACAACAUGGCAACAUUCUGCCUCUUUCAGUCUUGCCAGCUCAAGGCAAUAUGGGUAGGUUGUUCCUGAACAUGUCCAGUCCUACCUCCAACUUUGGAGGGGCUGGUUUCUUUCUAAUGCUCAUCAGUGCUAAUCUAUGUAUCAGCUAUUUUCAUUAUUUACAAUAGAUUACAAACCAUAUACUGCAAAAUAAAUUCCUGUUGCCUUACUGCCUUCA